GCCGCAGGGAACUGCUGCUGCCUGCCUGGAGCACCUCCUGCCCUCCUGCUGCACUCGCCAUUAGGGCAGCAGAAAUGCUUGUCAAGGGCUUGGCAGUUGUGCUAAACUCUUGCUGUGGUUCCCGUUCAGCACAGCAGAAAGAAAAGCCGACCUGGUGAGCGCUGCUGCUCCAAAUCCGGGGUGCAGGCUGCGGUGCUGCUCCCCACCCUCAUUUUUUGCCAUCACCUUGCUCAUGUCAGGAGUCUCCGCAUCCUGCAGAAUGACUCGGGUGGCCGGAGGUCUCUGAGUCAUGCCUGUAGCUUGGUUUUGUUCUUGCAUCACUGCGAUGUUGCAAUCCAGCAGCUCUGAGGGCAGAGCAGUGCUCGCUGCCCAGCACAUCAGGGCAGAGGAAGCCACGUGAAGUGGAAGGAAGGGGCAGCCUUGUACGCUCGCCAGUUUUUGCAGCCGUGCAUCGUGCAGACGAGCCAAAUUAAACCCUUCGGCCCUCCUCUCUCCUCACACCUUCCUGCUCUCCUCACUGGCCUUGGCUUGUGAGAAACCGCCUUCUCACCUUGGCAGCCAGAGAAGAGCAGGAAAUACAACUACAGUGUUACGAGCUGCUUCACACCGCAGAGUCUCCCCAUUUCCCCAGCCUAACAGGAGCACGAUGCUGCUGUUCGGUGUUUUGGGUUUGGUUCUGCCAGCCCAAAGCCACUGCAAGGGCUUCCUCUGGGUGGGACCUGCACAUCACAUCAGAGAUGUUGAGAGCUUCCAGGAGAGAUGCCUGGAUUUCCACAGCCCAGGAGACCCAGGACCCCCAGGCCUGUGCAGCCCUGAUGCUGGAGGCUGGGAGUGGCUUCCCAUCACAGGAGCUCUGCACUGGACAACAAAAAAAUGUCAUUUGUCUUUGACCAGGUCCUCCUAGACCCCAUAAGAAGGUUAAUAAACCAAAGAUUGGGUCAGCGAGUGGAGGGGGACACCAGGAGCUCUUGGUGGCUGUGCUGCUUGAUGGGUCAGCUCUGGCUCUCCAGGGCCAGGUCCUCCAGGACACCGUGCUGGUGGCUUUUAGUGAAUGCUGACUUAAAGCCCUGGGGGUUUUUUCCGGAGGAAGGCUGUGCAUACUCAAGGAAUCACUCAAUAUUGGAAAGCAAAUAUCUCAGAAGCUUUUACUGAAGGCAGUAGCAGUACAAAGACACACCCCCAGCAUCCGUGAGGGGGAAAAAAAGAAGUAGCUCAUUAGAUUCCAGGGAAAAAAUCCUAUGGAUUAUCAAAUCAUCCUCCUAUUGUUGCGAUAUUUAUUUAUUCAUUUUUUUUUCUGCUGUCUUCUCUUUUAUACGCAUCUUCGGCUAAUAUUCUAAACCACGGGGUGCCUUGGGUGCACUGAGAUGGGGCGCGUGAUAACACAACGCUUGCAGCUUGUAGCCUGCCACAGCUCUGCCUGCUGUGUUUAGACCCGUGAUGGAUGGUCUCCGUUUUCGUGGCGGUAGAUAAAGCAGGUUUGUCAAGCGCACCAGACGUUAUCUCGAGGCACGGCGUUGUUGGCAGCAGCUAACAUCCUGACACCACACCGUUGCUUAAAAGUGGGAAACACGACAUGGAUGCGCAGAGAUCUGUCACCCAGACAAGGUUUUCAAUGAGCCCAUCAGGGAAAUGAACAGGUCCUGUAGGAUGGCCUUGUUUUGGGAAGUGGGUUGCCACUGAUAGGGAAGGGAAUCUCUUUUCUCCCUGCUCCCUUAGAGAGUGAGGAUGGAGUUUGGUGGCUCUGCCUGGGAAGUUUUUCCCCCGGGGGCACAAAUGCCUGAAUUGUACCUCUGCAGGUAAAGGAAUUGAACAGGGCUCAGGGCUGCUGGUCACAUGUGAGAGCAUGGGGACCCCUGAGGUGACAGCACAUGAAACCCUUGCACAGAAGGUGAUGUUUCACCAUGGUAAAGUGAGUGUGCCAGCCACAUCCUGCACCGCCGCGCAUCUCCUGCUGUCCAGGCACACAUGGGGAUGCUCACGACAGCAGAACCGAGCCCACAGGGACCAGCUGCAGAACUAUCUCCAAAUCACAUCUCAGAUCAAACAGCUUGUGUGCUUUGUGGUGUUUUUUUCUUCUUUUUUUUUCUUAACAGCUUUUUUGCCAGCAAAGUGGAGCAUGAGAGUAAACACUGCAACGGCAAAGGGAUCCAGCGGCCGGGGUCCUCUGCUUUUGACCGUGUCUACACUGCCAACCAAAACUGUGGGCAUGCCUACCCUACGUUCCUCGCCGUGCUUUGGUGCGCCGGACUCCUCUGCAGCCAAGCUCCUGCUGCUUUUGCUGGCCUGAUGUACUUGUUUGUGAGGCAGAAGUACUUCGUGGGCUACCUGGGGGAGAGAACGCAGAGCCUCCCGGCUACCUGUUUGGGAAACGCAUCAUUUGUUCCUGUUCCUCAUGUCCGUGGCUGGGAUACUCAACUACUAUCUCAUCUACUUCUUUGGAAGUGACUUCGAAAUGCACAUCAAGACGAUAACCCGCGCCAUCUCGCCGCUGC